AAAUAUGCAACAACAACAGCUUCUGUUUCUGUGGUGCUGACGGUUGCGUAAACCCACAAGACUGAACAUUACCACCACGUGCUGUUCACGGGAGCACGUUGCAGGACUUAAUGACUACAUCUCCCAGGAUACAUAUUCUGCAACCUUUGACCCACCAACUCCAGGCUGCAGACCACUACAGCAGAGAUCUCGAGAAAACCUGCGACUAACUAGUGUGGAACGUCUGUUUCAAUGGAAGCGCAGUGUGCCAGCUAGUACUGUAAAGAGCAAGGUAAUGCCCUGAAAGAAUAGAUACAAAGAAAAAAAAAAGGUAAGGGGCAGUGACAGUGUGGGAAGAAGUAACACAAGCAGGUAGACAGGAUGGCUGUGACAGAGGAUUUGAAAGAACAGGAGGAGGCCAAUCCCAGUCCAGAGGAGAAGCAGCAGAAACCCCAGCUCUGGAAGUGGUCUGUUAUCUUCCUCUGUUUAUAUGGAUUCAUGGCUCAGCUCAAACCCGGAGAGAGCUUCAUCACUCCCUUGCUGCUGAGUUUAGAAAAGAACUUCACCAGGGAAGAGGUGACCAAUGAGAUCACACCAGUGCUGUCCUACUCUUACAUGACAGUUUUGGUGCCGGUGUUCUUGCUGACAGACUAUCUGCGCUACAAGCCAGUCUUGAUCCUGCAGAGCCUCAGCCACAUCUCAAUCUGGCUCCUCCUGCUGUUGGGCACAAGCCUGCUGGAGAUGCAGUUCAUGGAAUUCUUCUACGGCAUCACCAUGGCAGCACGGGUGGCCUAUUCCUCCUACAUCUUCUCGCUAGUCACUCCCUCCCUCUACCAGCGUGUGGCCAGCUACUCGCGCACCUCUGUGUUGUUGGGAGUCUUUACCAGCUCUGUCCUUGGCCAGCUCUGUGUCUCUGUGGGGGAAGUCUCCUAUGGCACCCUCUCCAAGAUCUCGCUGGGCUUUGUGAUCUUCGGCUUCGUACUAACACUGUUUUUGCCAUGGCCCAAACGAAGCUUGUUUUUCAACAGGAAAUUGCAGGGACCAGAGGAGGCCUCGUCUGCAGAGUUGGACCAGAUGAAUCGCAAUUGCCCUCAGCCCACCGCUGUUAAACCAGUGUCUGCCUGGCGGAACUCUGUGUUCUUUCAAAUGCUGAAGGAACUUUUGAACGUGGUCAAGCUUCCCCAGCUGCGACUGUGGUCCUUCUGGUGGAUCUUUAACUCAGCUGGGUACUACCUGAUGGUCUAUUACGUCCAUAUACUCUGGAAUGAGGUCUACCCAGCCAUUGAGAAUAAACAUGUUUAUAAUGGAGGGGUGGACGCCGCAUCUACUCUUCUAGGUGCCAUGGCUUCAUUUGCUGCAGGGUAUGUGACAAUCCGCUGGUCUCUGUGGUCUGAGCUUGUGAUUGGCAUUGUCACAUCCCUUCAGGCUGGUCUACUGCUACUCAUGAGCACCACAUCAAAUAUCUGGGUGUGCUACGUCGCUUACGCCUUGUUUAGAAGUUCCUACCAGUUCCUUGUGCCUAUAGCCAUUUUCCAGAUCGCUUCGUCUCUCACAAAAGAACUCUGCGCCUUGGUGUUUGGAGUUAAUACUUUCCUCGCCACAAUUUUGAAGACCGUCAUCACAAUUAUCAUUGCAGAUAAGCGAGGACUGGCUCUGGCAGUACAUCCGCAGUUUUUAGUUUAUUUUGGCUACUUCACAUUGCUAGCUGUGAUCUACUUUGGAGCAGCAGCCAACGUUAUCAUAAAGCACUUCCGCAAUGAGAAGAAGCCAGUGACCCCGAACCAGAACGGAGACACAGAGCUGUGCAGUACGGUGAUGGUCGUCAACGACGCAGAGAAACUGACCAAUGGGCAGGUCUGAAACCAAGGAAUGUAUUUCAAAAGGUGGACAUUUCUGUGAAAAAUGAUUUAUACCAGGGCUGCUUUUCAGGUUACAAAAACAUGGGGUGUUUUUAGUCAGUGACCCAUGUCUUGAACCGGCAUGGUGAUCACAGACUGUCAUCUUGCUUGUCAGUUGUGGUAUGUAUAUUUCUACAAUGUGUAAACAGAUGCACAGAAUCCUAGUAUCGAAUGACAGCUGUGAAUUGUGCGUUCUUGAACACAUUGACAAUUGGACAACUAUGUCAGUGGCAAAGCUGGAAUUCCAGAUCUCAACAAGUACUUGCUAGAAUAGAAAUCUGGAGAGAAAAUGUAGUUUAAAAAAAAACAAAAAAAAAAAAACUACAUUUUAAUGUAUUUUUUAUAUACCAAAAGAAAGUGCAGUAAUCAGUGUUAACAAUAUUGAAAUUCUGCCCAAUGGCUCGUAUCAGUUAUAUGGCUCUAAUAUUUGAUUUUGGGAGCCAGUUAUAACCAUGUACUGUAUGUAUGCAUGUACAGUAUGUAAAAUUUACCACCACUGGGGUCUAUAUCAAAACCGAGCAUUUCUACGCUUUCCUCCAAUUCAUUGUUUUGUUUUGUUUUUGUGCACUUCUUUCUCAAUUCAAUAGGGGUAACCAUAUCUUAUUACCUAGCACUUACUGAUUAAAUGUAAGUGUGUAACUCCAUUGAAUCGGCCGCACCCCCAUUAGUGGGUACGUUGAUACACCUUGCACUUGAUAGCUAUAAAAUGGCCCUUAAGUCUGACUUUUAAAAAAGCACUUAAAGAGGAACUGUAAUGCAAAUGAAUAUAUAACAGUUUCAGUAGAAAACAUGUUAACUAAAGCUUUUGAUGCAUUUUCAGUCUGUCCUUGAGCAGUAUCUCAUAUAAAAACCAUUAAAACAAAUUCGUUGCGCUUUGUGUGACCUCCUGUCGUUGACUCGCUCUAUAGUCACACAUAGUAUUCUAUUGAGCGGAUGUCCCGUUUGUAGAUAUGCAUUUGGUUCGUUUUCGGAAUUGAAUCGGAAAUUUCUAGGUGCUGUUUUCCGAAAACUUACCUAAGGAAUAUUCAGAUACAUUUUCCGAAAACUGUGUUUACAUGACUUUUGAUAUCGAAAUUAGUUUUCCGAGACAUAUUGGAAUUCUUAUGCUCAUGUAAACGCACUGAUUGACACAUUCUGAUCUCUGAUUGAGGGUGUUAUCUGAAUUCCCCCUGCAUCAAGUUGCAGAGAGCACACCUUUUCAGAAAUUGCUUAUAUCACAUGUGUUUUGGAGGCUUACUGUGUUAUUAGAUUUAAGCAACAGGGUACUGAACCCAGGUUUGCAUUUAUGUAAUCUGAGGAUAGAGAUACACUUCUUUUGAUAUACCGUUUCACUAAGACAAUUGGAUCGAUUCCUCAAGUGUUUUUAUUUUCUGCUGGCAGAUUUGCACCACCAAGUGUCUGUAUAGUGUCACUGCAUUAGAAAUGAAAAAAUGCAGUGCUUUUCAACUGUUUCCGGUGCAGGUUUUGUUCCAUCAGUAAAUACAUAUUUUAUUUGUAACCUUUUUCUGUACUCUAUAAAGACAGUGAAGCUAUUUUAAUGAGUGAGCUCAUUUUACAGUAAAACAAUUUUAAAUAUGUUAAGAUUCUUUUCAAACACCCACUGAUUCUUAGAAUACAGAGUACACAGUAAUUGUGUUUUAAAUUAAAAUUUAUUUAAUGGUGUUUUUUUAUGGUAGGAAGAAUUACAGUUGUGAUGAGAUCUUUAGUGUUAGGACAGGGUACAGCUUGAUGCAGAGUGAAGUAAAAAUGUUAGUCAAAAACUGAUUGUCAGUGGACAUUCUUUCAAACCUGCCGAGAGAUUUGGAAGGCUGCGAGUAAUAAAUAAUAAUAAAUACUAAAACAUACCGGCAGUAAAUUAUUUGCUGUACCAAUACAGGUAUAUCUUUGAAACAAGUGCUGUGUCCCAUUUGCUCUAAUGGAGGAAGUUACCUAGCUUUUAAACUGCAGAUUGCAGAAAGACAUUUAUAGGAAAGGCAGAGAGCUGUGACAUAACGAUAAUAUUGGUAAAAUUAUACACGAAAACUGAAGAUUCGAAAAGCUAGACAUUGAGUAAGUCUUUAGCCUUUGUGUAAUGUCCGGUUGCAGGUUGGAUUGCAGACUGCAGUUCCAGUGUGAUAUUGUAUUGAAAUGAGUUUUACAAACUGAUUUCAUGGUGCUGAUGGAAACUUGGCAUUACAGUGCUCCCCUGCAAUGCAUGAGAUUGUACAAGAUAACAUAAUUAUUGCUAUGGGAUGUGUUGUACCCCUUUAAACCAAUGCACCACAAUUGUCUGGUGAAUGACAGGAGUCUUAAAUGGGGAGCACUGUAUAAUCCACUGGACAUAUUUCAAACCUUCUGGCUAUCAUGUUUCUUAUCAGGAUCUGUUUAUAUUUUGGUAUUGCAUUGUCAAAACCUUUUAAAUACAAAACACUUGUAUUCAUUACCUUUACCCCCGUUCCGACUGCUCUGAAAUGGACCGGUACCUAGUUGUGAUAUUAAUUUACGUUGAACAAACUAUGUAUAUAUAAAAUACAAUUUGCAUAGUUUUUGUAUAUGGAAUUAUAUAUUCAAUUUACACAUUUACAAAUAAAUUAAUACAAAUAUAA